AUGCCAUGCCGCUCAGCCAUCUCCUCCAUGUCGCUAGGUCGGUGCUAUGCGGGCCAUAGUCUAAAUCACAAGCUCUCCAUGGCCGCAAAACACGGCUUGGAAGGCAUCGAGCUCUUCUACGAGGACCUGGUCGAUCACGCUGGUUCAGAUUCACCAGCUGCUUUACUGGCAGGCGCUGCUUCAGUCCGCGAUCUCUGCUGCUCCUUAAGUCUCGAGAUUGUAUGUCUUCAGCCAUUCAUGCACUAUGAAGGACUUCUGGAUCGCCAAAGACACGCCGAGCGGAUCGAAGAGAUGAAACUUUGGAUGAAGCUAGCACAUGUUCUCGGUACAGACUUGAUACAAGUUCCUUCAUCGUUCCUCCCGCGUGAUCAACUCUCUUCCGACAUCGAUUUCAUCGCCAGUGAUCUCCGGGAGGUGGCGGAACUGGGGCUGAAACAGACACCAGUGAUCCGUUUCGCAUACGAGAGUCUGAGUUGGGGCACAGUAGUGGACAAAUGGGAAGUAUGCUGGGAUAUUGUAUCGCAAGUCGACCGACCAAAUUUCGGCAUCUGCCUCGAUAGCUUCAAUAUCCUGGGCAGGAUAUACGCGGAUCCAACAUCAGAAACAGGCAUGGUAUAUGGGGCCGAGCAGGAAGUGCGGGACUCUAUAUGCCGACUUGUUGAUCGCAUCAAGCCGCACAGGGAAAAGAUUUUUUUCAUUCAAAUUGUUGAUGCUGAGCGCCUUACACAGCCCUUACUUCCUGGUCACCCAUUUUACAAUGCCGAGCAACCAGCUCGCAUGUCCUGGAGCAGGAAUUGCAGGCUCUUUUACGGCGAGACAAAACGCGGCGCGUACUUGCCAGUCAAGGACGUCACACAUGCCAUAAUCAAGCAGAUUGGGUUUGACGGCUGGGUCAGCAUGGAAUUGUUCAAUCGCGUUAUGAACAGGACAGACGAGACUGUAGUGGAAGAGUUGGCGGAACGCGCUGGGGCUGCAUGGAACAAGAUACGAUGCGACUUGGCGCUUGAUACAGCCACAAAUGAUCGCUCAGAGCAUGAAGGAGGGCCUGAGCACUUUGUCAGGGAGCCUGAACUUGCGCGUUUGUAA